CGUAAACAUGGCGGAAAAGAGAAAGCGAAGGAGACAGGAUGAGAAUGCUGAUCCCCCCACAAAAGAGGAAUAUGCAGUUGCCAAAUACCUACGUUUUAACUGCCCUCUUAGGGAGGGAAAGUUGGUGGGCAUGUCUGUGCAGUGCUUCAUUGCAUCAAAGGCUGUAGAUGCCUUGUUGGAAUCCAAAUGGGGAGCUGGGAAAUCAGAUUCUGAUCUUCUGUUCGGUAACAGACACUCAUGUGUCAGCUAUUGUGAUAAACUCCUCCAGAAGGGCCUGUUUCACAGAGCUGCCCGAGUGGAAAAAAAGAAAAGUGACAAGUCCAAGAAAAAGAAGAAGUUAAAGGAUGGAGAGGAGGCCGAGCCAGUAGAGGAGGAGAAGGAAAAAGACAAAAAAGGCAAGAAGGAGAAGAAAUCAAAGAAGGAGAAAGAUGAAGGUGAGAAGCCAGAGGAAGUUGAGAAAAAGCCUGCAGAAAAAGAAGAGAAAAAAGAAGAAGACAAGGAUAAGAAGAAGAAGGAGAAGAAGCUGAAACUGGUGAUGCAUGAAGACCAGAUGUUUAAGGACGGAGAUGAGGUGUAUGUGUGGAUUUAUGAUCCUGUGCCCCUGAAGACGUUUAUCAUUGGUUUGUUACUAGUCCUAGGUGCAAUUGCCCUGUGUUUGUUCCCGUUAUGGCCAUCUGAGGUGCGAAUUGGGGUCUACUAUCUCAGCUUGUCUGGAGCUGUCUUUGUUGGAGUCAUUCUGUUACUUAUUGUUGUAAGGUUCAUCUUGUUCUGUUUCAUCUGGGCAUUGACACUUGGAAAACAUCAUUUCUGGUUCUUGCCCAAUCUAACGGAAGAUGUGGGAUUUUUCGACUCCUUCCGGCCAUUGUACAAACAUGAUUACUAUGAUGGAACCAAAACAGAAAAAGAAAAACCUCGUGGGAAAAAGAGUAAAGAGAGUGAUGAAAGUGACAAGGACAGUAAGCAGGGUAAGGGCGAUGCAGAGGCAGUGCUGAGAAGUAAAACCACAAAGGACAGCAAUGAAGACAAAGAGGAGCAGAAUGGGUUUGAACUUGUGGAAAAGGAGGAUGUGGAUCAGUUUGAAGUGGAUGGAGAACACAUUGUAGACGAUGAACAGGAAGUGGACAAUGAAAACGACGUGGAAGGAGAAAAUGAUGUUGAUGAGGAAAAUGAUGAUGAAUCUCCAGAAAAUGAAGAUGAUGAAAAUGAUGAUGAUAACCAAGAAGAUAACUCAGAUGAAAAUGAACCCAAAAAGACAAAGUGAUUUAAUUACAGCUGGGUAUUUGUUUUGACACUGUGGUGUUCUAGAUUAGAAAAAAACCUGAUACAUGUUCACUGUUCUUCUUUAUUAUAUACGGUUUUACUUGUUUUUGAACAAGCUUGUUUUGUUGUAAGUGUUUAACCCUCUAUUUGGAAUGCAACAUUUUUAACUCUACAGGAGAAUGUUGAUGUAUUUAUGAUGGAUAUUGAGAGGAAGAAGUGAUCUAUAAUGAAGAUCACUUGUACAAGAUUGUGAAUCUGUUAACAUGUAUGUUGGUUAAAAAUGAAAAGUUUUCACUGGCAUAAAAAAGGGUCGGAAAAUUCAAGCCACAUUUAGUUCAUCUAGUCAGUUUUAUGCAAAAAUGUCUCAACCAGUUCAGUUCUAACAGUUUUCUUAUCAGUUGACUGUUGCCAAAUUGGUACUGCUGUUCUUUGCAGUUAAAAGAUUAGUGUAGAAGAAGGGCAUAUUCUGUUAUCUUUACCAUGUACUGUAAGGGGAUAUUCUCUUAUCUUUACUGUAUAGAACAAGGGGAUAUUCUCUUAUCUUUACUGUAUAGAACAAGGGGAUAUUCUCUUAUCUUUACUGUAUAGAACAAGGGGACAUUCUCUUAUCUUUAUUGUAUAGAACAAGGGGAUAUUCUCUAUUUUCAUUGUAGAAAUAGGAAUAUUACCACAAUCUUUUAGCUUUGUAGCAGCUUCUGUGCACAAGUUUUAUGCAUAUGCUACAUAUAAUUUGAAACCGGAGCCGUUUGGUUAUACAUGUACCAUCAAAACGGAGAACCCAGACAUUAGUGCAACAAAAUCGUAAUGUAAAGGAAAUGCUGACUUGUGUUCUUACACGUUAAAUAUUGGUGCUUAAAAUUUCUUCAGGAGACACGAGAUAGGGGAAACAAUCCAAUUCUUUGGUGUGAAUCGUUAAGAGUAGUCUGCCCCUGUUGGUGGUCGUGUUGAAAUGUUUGUGUUGUUGUUUUUAAUGAGUUUGUAACAUCAUUUCUGGUGAAACAUUGUGGAAUGUAUAUAAUAGUAAACCAAGGCUUCUGAUUGUAUGUAAAUUAUUGACUGAUAACAGUUUCAACCAAACUCAUGUAUGUAGACAAAUCACUAUUUCAGCGUAGAGAAUCCUUGAGCAAGUUAAUUAAAAACGGUAUAUGAGUGAUGAUUUCUAAUGUCUCUGGCCAUAAGUAGUUGAUAUUGUGUUCCUACCAAGGAUU